AUGUCAUAAUAACUAUUUAAGGCUUAUUUCCUAUCCCUCAAUCAUAAUUUUAAAGAUCUACCCAAAGGUAACUUUUAUUACAGAUUUUUCAAAAGAGAUCUAGGUAGAAUUAUUAAUAUGCCUUGUCCUAUUGAUAAUCCUUCAUAAUCAUCUGAAAUUCACUUGUUUAAAUAAUUGAGAGCAUAAAUUGGAAUCUCAGAAGAAAAUCCAUGUUAUAAUUGUCCAUUUAAUGCUAAAUGUUCUUAAGCUUUUUAAUAAUUUGAUAUCCCCUAAAUAUAAACAUUACUUCUACCUAAUCUCUCUAAAUUUUUAGAAUCAAUCACCAAUCAUAAUCUCAAUAUGUAAUUAAUUAUUUAUUAAAUAAGACAAAAUUUGGAUGAUUCUAAAAGCUUUUGGUUGGCAAGCAACAGAAUUCUUGAUACCUUUCAAGCUAUUGUUUAUGACUAUUAAAAAAAUUCAAACCAAAUUAAUCAAUUAUUUCUUUAAGAUUAAGAUACUCCUUCUGAUACAGAAAAAACAAAUUUCCCUAAAUAAAACUUAAAAACAGAAAAAUAUUAUAAAACUGCAAAUUUCUUGAAUGAUAUUGAAUCAAAUGAUAAAGAUAAAGAUUCAAAUUCUUCAACUUCUUAACACUUUGAAAAUGUUCAUCAAAAUAAAGAAAAUAAUUAUAAAAAAUAAUCUUAUUAAAAUUCUUAAAGUAAAAGCAAACAAACUCAAAGAACUUACACAAAUAAAAAUCAUUAUUAAACAAAUUAAUCUUAUAAUCAAUAAUAAAAGAGGGAUUAUAAUAAAAAUAUAGAUCAUACAUCUGAAAAUAAAUCAGAGAUUUCUUUUACUAAAGACAAAGAUAAAAAAGAUAAGUAAAAUAAAAGUGUCUAAAUAAAAAAUGAGAAAUAGAUAAAAAAAAAUAUGAAAUUUCGUGUUGCUUAAUGA